CUUUGGACCCUGACGUCACCAGUUGAACAACAGCAGCACUUCCCGUUCGGGACGCUUCGCCAUAACAACGCGUCCCUCUCGGCUUUUAUCCCGGCUUGCCUUCGCGAAAGAAAUGCAGCCGAGAAAGCAACACGUCCUGCUCCUCUGGUUGCUUUUCUACUCCAGCAUGGCGGAGGCGCUGGAACCCAUUAGCACCACUAUCGCAGUAGGAAUGGCUGCGGCUCUCACGGGAAUUUUAGCGAGAUACCAGAACAUUUUCUACUACUUCCACGAGUGCUGCCGACCCGAGUGGAUAUCAUUCAAUAUAACAAGGCUCAAGACGGACCUGGACAGCAAGCUGUUCGGACAGCACAUUGCGUCCCGCAUCAUCUUAAAAGCCGUGAACGGCUUCAUGAGCAACACGAACCCGAAGAAGCCCCUGGUGCUCUCUCUCCACGGGUGGACCGGCACCGGGAAGAACUUUGUGAGCCAGCUCAUCGCCGAAAGCGUUUACGCCGAAGGAAUGCACAGCCGCUUCGUCCACGUGUUCACGUCCACGCUUCACUUCCCGCACGCGGAGCACAUAGCCACCUACAAGUCUCAGUUGCAGCAGUGGGUCAGAGGCAAUGUGACCAACUGUGAGCGCUCCAUGUUCAUCUUUGACGAGAUGGACAAGAUGCACCCGGGCCUGAUUGACAGCAUCAAGCCAUACCUGGACUACUAUGACAAGCUGGACGGGGUUUCUUAUCGGAAAUCCAUCUUCAUCUUCCUCAGCAACGCAGGAGGAGACGGCAUCAUCCAGACGGCUCUGGAGUUCUGGAAAGCGGGGAAAAAUCGAGAAGAGAUCGAGCUCAAAGACCUGGAAACAGCACUCUCGCUGUCCGUGUUCAACAACAACAAAAGCGGCUUCUUUCGUACAAGUUUGAUCGACAAGAACCUGGUGGACUUCUUCGUUCCCUUCCUGCCUCUGGAGUACGAGCACGUGGUACAGUGCGCCAUGGCUGAGAUGGAAGCCAGAAACCUCAAACCGAACCCCGACGUGGCGGACAUGGUGGCCAGGGAUUUGGUCUACUUCCCCAAAUCUGAGCGAGUGUUCUCCGUCAAAGGCUGCAAGACGAUAGAGAGCAAACUGGACUUCUACACAUAGAUGUGCGCAUCUGAAGGACGUGAAAACGAGUCACUAAGUGCACUUUUUUUUUUUAGAAAAAGAACUUUGCAGCCAAAAUGACUAGAGACAGGAAGCCAGUCUGGCUGAAGAGAGUUAAGUGAAGGUUUCUCUGUCUGACCUUGUGGCCAUCAAGCCAUCAGGAGGCCUUCUCACUUACACUCAGCGCCAGCCGGAUGAAAUAUUCAAGCGGUCGGAGCGAUUUGUCGCUUGCAAAGGAGCUUAACCUCUGCUUUUAUGUCGCCAGUCUCGGACGGUUGUGUUUGCUUGCAAAAACUCUUAAAUAUUGAUGUCUUCCUGUCAGAGAAACCCGUUUCCCUUUGGAGCCGUUCUCUGACGCGUUCUCUGACGCGUUCUUGACGCGAACGGACUGCCUUAAAUCUUUAUCUCAGUUUCUACUAGAAUUUUUACAGAUCAACAGCUGUUCAUUUACCUCAAUAAACUAGCAGCUGGUGGUGUAGGUGAGGUGAAAACGGGAAGUCUUUUAUUCUGCACUGUUGAACCUCACUGCACUGCAAAGAUUACACGAGUGAAAUGAAGUGUUGUAACGUGAUUUGUUUUUAAGAAACUCAGAAUUGUUGUCUUGUCGUCAAUUUUGAUCGUCUGAAUGGAAACAGUUUCGGUUGGCGUUUCCCAACCGCUUCUUAAAAUGUCAGGUUUUUGUUACGAAAAGAAAACGAGUCCAUGACAAAUCGCUUUAAAACAUUUUCACAUGUAAUGUUGGGGAUAAAUUUAUCGUUAUGACAACAUAAUGCGGUGUAAUUAUAUUUUAAAAGGUAAAGGUUUUAGAGAAUUAACUUAGACAUUGACCUGAAGCCAUUUUGUAAUAAAUCCUUGCUAAGAUGGA